GGGAUCUGUUUACAAACUGAGAGCUGCAGACCAGAAGUGGAGAAGAGAGACGAGGAAGGAGAGCGAAUGUGAGGAGAAAAUACAGGAGAAGAAAGCAGAGGAUCUGGAUCUGAAUUAACAUCAGCUGCAUUGUGUUGCUGCUGUGUUACAUACCUCCCUGUGUUCAGAGCAGGAAGCCAGGGGAAGAGAUGAGGAGUUGCUUUCCACAGGAACACUGAAAGGCUGCCUGGCUGCCUGCCUGCCUGCCUGCCUGGCUGGCUGGCUGGCUGGCUGGCUGGCCGUGCUGCUGGGGAACCCAUCCAUGUCCUUCCCUUUGUCUCUCCAUAAUUGGCCACGGCAGGUUUUCACAGCCAGAGAGGAGGAAAGCGACGUUUUGAUCUAAAAGGACAGGACAGAGGAGAGAGAAGAAAGGAAAGGAGAAGAGAAAAGAAGAAGAGGAGGAGGAAGGGAGGGAGAGAGAGCCUUGUGACAAUGUUUUGAAGGGGAGACAAAACAAAAAGGCAGUGACUGCACUCGGCCUGAGGUUCAUAACCAGAGAGCUGGAUACGAUUUGGACUGUAUUUCCUCAUCUUGUCAGUGACAUUGGUGUCUUCUUACCUACACGACUCCACGCUGCUUUCUUUGUCAUGCACUGGGAGGACACAAAGGAAAACUUAGAUCUCUACCUCUGAUAUAUUUGCAGUUGCUUGGCAAUCUUAGUUAAGGUGGAUGUUUGUGUUGCAUUUUUGGGGGUUGAUCAUCACUGCAGACUGAUACAUCGAGCUGAUUAUUUGACAUUUUAACUUCUCGAGGAACUGACUUCAAUCUGAUGUCCUGAUCCAGACCACAAGGAUUUACCUCGCUGUACAUCUGCACCAUCAACUAUCAGAGCCAAGCUGAACCUGAAAGGUAGCUGACACAGAUGCAACAAUUCCUCAUUUUAAGUCCCAGAAAGAAAUCACAGUUUGUGUUAUUGGAGGUCACGAUCGCAAAGGUUACCUGGCACUGCCAUCAUCUGCACAAUUGAUGCAUCCUAUCCAAUGGUGUAACGGGUGUCUGUGUGACCUUGGAUUGCAGAACUCUGACCCCUACUGCAAGAUGACGUCUGAAGAGCUCUUCCACCUGCCGCUCAAUGUCUACAUUAUCAUCCUGGGCAUCGGCCUCUUCAUCCUCAUGCUCAGCCUCAUCUUCUGCUGCUACCUGUUCAGACUGCGGCGACAAGGUGCAAGAGAACAGUAUGGCUACAAUGAGGUUGUUUUGAAAGGAGCAGGGAAGAAACUUAGUCUUCUUGGACAAACAUGUGCGGUGUGUUUAGAAGAGUUUCGCAGCAGGGACGAGCUUGGGGUGUGCCCAUGUUCCCAUGCUUUUCACAAGAAGUGUCUGCUAAAGUGGUUAGAGAUCCGCAGUGUGUGUCCCAUGUGCAACAAGCCCAUUUGUCGCCUCCAGCCGGACCCCCCACAAGAACCUGAGCGGCCUCAGAGUCUCCUGGAGGUCUGAGAGAGCAACGUACGUCCAGCAGCACGUCACGCUCUCCAGCCAAAUGACCUGUCAUUACACAGGAUCCUGUUCCACAUGAACAUCAACUGUCCAACUGACUGUAGUUCAGUAAUGCAAACAUUUUGAACCAGAGCUGCUCUGGAAGUAGAAAUAAUACAAAUAUGAGACCAGACAGACAGAGAAUCUACCUGGCAAACUGUGGGAGAGAGACCAUACCACCGAGACUUAGGUGGUAAUUCUAAUGAUCAUAUCAGUUCACUAAUACUUGACAUGGCAUUCAUAAAACAAGACUGAGGCUAACUAUUGAGACUAGAUAUUGGAAUUUUCAACACAGCCUAAAAUGCUUAAGGUAAUGCGCAAGUGCCUUAAAGCUGCAUGUCCUCUAAAGGCCACUAAAAACAAAUGAAGUCAGUGUUAUCAAGACAAGUUGUCAGCUAUCCAAUUCCCCUUCAUAUGUGUGUACUGGCGAUGAUAUUCAGAUUAGUUUCAAUGGGAGGAUAAAGGCCUGGAGAGAGAUGUGUUUGCCCACCUGAUGGUUUCUGUCAUGUUAUUUCACUGUUUGGGCUUAUAUAAUAAAGGAGCAACAACAAUCACAGUUAAAUCACACAACACAGUCAUGUAACUGAACAAUGCAUCUGCAUCAUGAUGCAGAUGGUCUUUGCUUCUGCUGAAAAAUACAAUGUUCUGCUUCACCUGUCUAUUAUGACACCAAAUGAUUAAAUGUGUUAAAUCCCUGUUUGCUUGGCAGGGACCCAAAAACCUAAACUCCAGGCUGCAAAAGGAUCUGUCUCAGUCUCUAACAUGCUGGUCCCAGCAGAAAACCAGCACGGCUUUUUCAGUUGGUUUUAGGUUGGGCAGAACAAUUAUUCUGAUUUCAAAUCACAAUGUGUAAUCAAGUAAAGAAAACCUGUGGGGGAAAAGGCCUUUUAAACUUUAUUCAGGGGGGUCAUCAAAUGUUAGGUGUUUUUUUGAUUCUUUUAUCAGAUUUGACUGAUCAUUCUAUGUAUGCACUGAAAUUGUAGUUUGGCUCUGCCCAUUCAUUUAGAAAGGAGUCUGGUCUAUGCAUCUAUCCAUUAUCUAUACACUUUAAUCCUUAAUCUUCAUUAGGGCCACGGGCUGGCUGGAGUCUAUCCCAGCUGACUUCAAGCAUGGUUCCUUCAGUGUAUCAGUUGUGCCAGGCCUUCAGCACACCGAGGAUGUCGAUGUUCAAUGCUAUUGUUGUCACCGAACUAAUGAGAUUAUUUCUGCUUCCAGAGCAGCUCAGCCUCUCAAAAAUGUUUGUAUGAUAAUCUCCAGUCUGCUCAGUUUUCAGUUUGCCCCCAAAUGACAUGCAGCUCCAUGUGAAUAUAACAUGUUUUGGAGUGUGGCCACAACUUAAGAGCCUGGAGUCUGGAAAGACGAAAAUUCAUCCACCAAAACACACCAGCUAUGAAGAUAUCAGAACAUCCCAUUGCUCACUGUUGCCCCAAAUCUGGUGGCAAGUGCAGAGACUGUAAUGAAGGAUGUGCAGGAUUUUUGCAAUCAAAACAACCAGAGAGGCUUAUUUAAUUUAACAAAAUAGGACAAUUGUGGACUAACAAGAGGGAUGUGGUGGGAUAUGGCUGCAUCUAUUGUCUCACAGUCAGUUGUACAGUGUGUUGACAAGCUGAGUGAAGGCAGCGAUGCCCUAAAUGGCAAGACAGUUGAAUCAUACAGGAUCUGACAGAAAAGACAACUAUAUGCUGUCACAAGCUUAUUCAGCUAUAACUAAGAGUCCUAAGUGACUCAACCACUAAAAAACAACAUAUAUAUAUAUACAUGAUUUUUAAAGUUAUUUGUAAGGAAAUGUUUUGUAUUAUAACUGGCUUUCAAUAAAAUGUAUAGUGUGUCAGUGAUGCUAAAACACUUUGGCUUUCGUUUGUUGAAAUGCUGGGGGGUUAGAAGCGACUCUAUCAUUCUUCAAUGAAAUCUUAGCUCAGUGCCCAAAGAACUGCUCUGCACUGUAGUGAUAUAAAUAGACACUGCAGCGACAGGAAGAGCCUGUUUGAGCUGGUUUCUUGUUUGAGUGAGGUACACCACAAACAUCUCUCUCUGUAUGUCAUAUACUGUGAGCUCUGUAAAUUGUAAGUUCAGUUAACAUUUCUGUCUUUAUAAAAAAAAUAGAAACAGUGUUUUGAUAAGAUCAAUAUGGUCUUUUUUUCUAGUUUUCCCAUGUGGGCAUUUAAGGCUGUUUUUGUAUUUUUUCAAUAUAAUAUAUGAUGAGGUCACACUA